ACAUUUCAUAUCGCCUAACAAAACAGCUGAUCGUCCAUUUCGCUACCAGCUGCAAAAUUAGUAAGCAAAAACUUCGAAGACGUUAUCUCAAAGAUGUCGUUUAUCACGAAAUUCGGUGCUCAUGUAUACAAAAGCAGCUUGGGCUUGUUGAACGCCGCACGCACCGUGCAAACACCAGCGGCCAUUGCAAGCAAUCGCACAUAUCACAUAAUGACCAACUGCUGUACUCCGCUCGGAGCAAGUGGGCCACUUAAUACCAUCAGCAGUGGUACAAACUCUGUUGCAGCACCCGCAAUAAUUGAAGGCGGCAUGCAGCGUCUGCUCACACCAUUAACUUCACUCGUAACGCAAGUGGCUGGUUUUAAGGUUAAGGGCCGUUUGAAGCGUCGUUGCCAAGAUUGCUAUUUUGUUAUACGACAACAGCGUGCCUAUGUGAUUUGUCCAACGCAUCCACGUCAUAAACAAAUGGCCAUGAAGAAGCGUGAAAAGAAUACAUGGCUGCUAACGCAUGCCACACAGUCGAAGAUUAGGCCAUACUAACUAAGAUGGUGGAGUUACAGAAGCGAUUUCCUGAAGAAUGUGCAUUAAGGUGGAUUGUUAUAAUGUUGUGCAAAAACGAAAAAUCAAUAAUAAAAACAUAAUUUUUAGCAAUACUA